UUCUUAAAAGAAUUUUGUUUUUUUUUUUUGUGUUGACACAGUCGAGAGUAUAUUGUGACAUUUUCACAAGAAGAAUACCUAUCCUCAAUUUUUGACAGAUAAAAUUGGAAAGUCACUGUUUGACGUUAGACUCAUUAUCCUUCUGUUUAUUGCAAUAAGCAAAGAGCGAAUCGAAUAAGAUUAUCUUUCAGGGAGUCAUGUCAUGGGAGACUAUCGCUUCAAGAGAUCUUCUUAGCAUACCGCAUAGUCAUAAUCUAUCUGCAACACACCUCUUAGCAUCUCCAGAUGGAUCAAGAUAUUUACUUGAAAAUUCAACUGAUAUUUGUCAGUUGGAUGAAAGUUAUUCACGAUUGGCUGGAUACGGGUCAAGCCCGGAUGGUACAUCAUUAUGGGCUCGCCACGGAUUUUCCCGGUCUAGGAAUUCUGUAAUAAAUUGUUUUUUGGCAUGUCAAAGAUCUCUAAAGCAGUAUUUGGCGAGGAGAAAGAUGGAAAGAGGUCUACGUUUGUACGAGCAACACAAUCAAAAUGCAGCAGUUCGAACAUGGCGAAGUGCUCUAAAAUCGACAAAUCGUCGCGAAGACAGAUUUACACUUUUAGGCUAUCUCUAUCAAGCUCACAUGGAUUGGGGAAAAUAUAGAGAAGCUAUAGAAUUUGGUCAUCGACAACUUGGCAUAUCCGAAGAGUUAGACUCACCAACAAUGCGUGCAGAAACCUAUUUAAAUUUAGCUCGGGCUCAUGAACGUUUGGGUGGUCUUGAGCGUGCCUUAAGCUAUGCACGUCAUUCGCUCUACAAUGAAUGUGGUACACAAUGUCAGACAGGUGGAUUGGUUCAUCUGACAGUUGCUAAAGUGUAUUUAGAAAUGGGUGGUUUUUCGAGAGCUUUGGAAGGUCUUCAAGGAGCGCAUAAAAUUGCUACAUCAAUCGGUGAUCCAUCAUUGGAAUUACAAGUUUAUGUUGCUUUAUCCGAGUUAUUUGGUCGUUUGCAAGAUAAUGACAAAAGUGCCACGUAUGCUUCUAAGGCGUAUGAUCUAUCGCGAUCUUUACAGUUGGGAGAUUUAAAUUCAUCACAUCAUCGGGCAGCACUUCUUCGAAUGGCAGCUGCUCUUCGCAAACAAGGAGAUUUAGGAGAUGCCCAUGACUAUUGUACGGAAGCUACACGACUUGCUCUUAUAUCCGGAGAUCAGGCAACAUAUACUCGCAGUAUACGUGUUAUGGGUGAUAUUUACAGAAAAAAAAUGGAUAUUGAUAGGGCAUUUCGCCAAUAUGAACAAGCUAUGGGCACUGCUGCAGCCCUAGGUGAUCGCAUGGCACAAAUGGAAGCAAUGGACGGUGCUGCUAGAUGUUUAGAAGCUUUGAGACUGCAGCAAAAAAUAUGCAACUGCCGUCCUUUAGAAUUUAACACACGUCUGCUAGAAGUAGCAAGUUCCAUUGGAGCUAAGCUUUUAGUAAGAAAAAUUCGAACUCGCCUAGCCUUAAUAUAUCGAGCUUUAGGAGAUGAGGAACAAUUUAACACACACUCCCGUUUAGCUACUCAAACUGAAGCAGCUUUGGGACUUAAUUGUGGAGCUUGCGGUGAAGUAUUUGGAAUCGACGCUGAUGCAUUGGAGGCAUUACCUUGCGCGCACAUCUUACACGCUAGAUGUGCCCAUGAAAUAUUUCGUCGACGAGAAAAAGGUGUAUCAAGAGCAUGUCCAGCAUGCAAUAAGGUCCUUAGUUCUAGACUCCAUCUUUAUGCUGAGUCAAAUACAUCAGUUGUCGGUGGUGCUAGUGUACCUGUCAACAAUAGCAACACAUUAACUUCAGUACCAGCCGUUCCUGCUGCAACCACAACAAAUGUUACUACAUGCGACGGUGGCGGCAAUGAUGCAUUUAAUAAUAAUGGCGGUGUCACCUGUAUUAAUGCCAAAAAUAAUGCAUUGUUGGCUAUGCCGGCAGUUGAUAGUACUGCACUCCUGCUAACAUCAUCUCCCAGUACAUUAUAUCGAAGUAAUUUGUCUUUGGCAUCGUUAAGCUUACGUGCAUCCAGUUUGACAAUUGAUAGUGAACGUCAUGCAACAUCAUCUGUUUGAGACCAAGGGCUAGUGGCAGUAUCGACAAUUGAUCUGCCAUGGUGAAACUUAAGAGACUAUUUUUGUUUAAUUAUUUUUUUCUUCAGAUAUUGCAAUACAAUUAUGUUUAAAAGCAACUUUAUAAUAGGUAAGUUAUUUUUUAAUACUAUUUUGUAACAUAUACCUAAUUUGUUUAUUUAAGAUAUUUAAUUUUGUUGAGAAAAAAUCCAAAUCGAUUACGAUAGUUACCUGGUGGCAAAAUAACAUGACUAG